UUCUCGUCAACUUGGUUUUUCUAAACCCUAAUUUUACCCUCUCUCUCUCUCAUUUCUUCUUCAAAACUCUUAUUUUGCUCUGUCCUCUCUCUCCGUCCUUCAAACUCCUCAUCUCCAGCUGCGAUUCGUCUACAUGGCGAAGGCCAAGUCGAAAGAUGAUAAGGGUGUUUCAAAUGCUAAUGAGAAAUACGAUGGUGCCAGCCAAGGAAAGAUAUUCAUUGGAGGGCUUCCAAAGGAUACCACUCCAGCUACUUUUACGAAGCAUUUUGGGAAGUAUGGGGAGAUAACAGACUCUGUGAUAAUGAAGGAUCGUUACACAGGCCAACCCAGGGGUUUUGGGUUCAUCACAUAUGCAGAUCCCUCGGUUGUUGACAAGGUCAUUGAGGAUGACCAUAUCAUCAAUGGAAAACAAGUGGAAAUAAAAAGAACAAUUCCAAAGGGAACUUUGCAAUCUAAGGUUUUUAAGACAAAGAAGAUUUUUGUUGGUGGAGUCCCUACAAAUGUUACAGAAGAUGAGUUCAAGAACUUCUUCUCCAAAUAUGGGAAAGUAGUGGACCACCAGAUCAUUCGUGACCAUUCAACCAAUCGUUCUCGGGGUUUUGGGUUUAUAAUCUUUGAUAGUGAAAAAGUUGUAGAUGACCUUGUAGCCAAGGGCAAUAUGAUAGACUUUGGAGAUACUCAGGUGGAAGUCAGGAAGGCUGAACCGAAGAAAUCUUCAAACCCACCCCCACAACCACCUUUUGUUAGUGACACCAGGGCUCGUCCCUAUGGAUUCAGCGACUCUUAUGCUAGUGGUUUUGGUGCUAGUGGAUUUGGACCCUCUUCUUAUAGGUCGAUGGCGGGUAUCGGAGAGAGACUUGGUGGAUUUGGUGGUGGUGGUGAAUUUAAUGGAGGCUAUGGUAGUAGUGGUUUAGGUGCUUAUAGGGACGAUUCUCCCCUUGGCUAUUCUAGUCGGCUAGGAUCAUAUGGUGGAGGCCUUGGUGGUGGUGGAGGAUAUGGUGCUAGUGGUUUAUUGGGAGACUAUGGAAGAGGUGGAGAGGGAUUUAGUGGUGGGUUUGGUGGUGGGUCUAGUCUUGGGUCUAGCUAUGCAUCUGGCCCAUCCGCUAGUUAUGGAGGUGAAAGUGGUGGCUUCUAUGGAUCUAGGGGGGCAGGAUAUGGAGGUAGUGGCAGCGGUCGAUACCAUCCGUAUGCAAGGUAGAACUGACUAGUGAGCAAUGGAAGUUCGCUUUGUAUCAAUUAAGCUUGUCAAGGAUGCCAGUCGAGGCUUGCACUUUAGGUUAUUAUUGAGCAGAACAUUUUUUGUUUGAUAUUUUUACUCUAAUAGAUAUAUAAUAUUUAAUGUCUAAACUCUGUCGUGGGAUGUGUGUUUUUUUUCUCUGUUGGUGUUUGGGUACAAAAUUCUGUGGUUUUAACAUAAAUUGGUUGGGCUCACAGUUUAGUCUCUACGAAUGUUGAUAUUAUUAAUAUUACUAUCAUUUGGGGUUUUGCUCUCUGA